AAAGUGUAAAACCCUAUCCCUACCCCUACCCCUACCCCUACCCCAUCGGCCGCCUCGCCGUCACCGCCUCCGAAUUGCCUGCUGAGAAACUCUCCCGAGAGACCGACAGUCCGGAAAUCCCCGAUCUCCAAGCUCGAAUCCCACCAGUCCCGCAUCGGCAGUUUCGAUUUCCAUUCUCCAAGCUCCUAUUUGAAAUAACCUAUCAUGGAAGAGGAACCACAGCCUCUUAACUAUGUUCAUGAAACUGUGCUGAAGAAAAGAAAAACCAGUGAGGAUUGGGCCAUCAAGAGAAGGGAGCUCCUAGCAGAGAAAAAGAGAAGUAAGAAAGAGAGAUCAAAAGGUCCAAUUAAGAGGCCUGAGGAAUUUGUCAAAGAAUACCGAGACAAGGAGUUGGACUUUGUUCGGAUGAAGCAAAGGUUAAAAGUUUGGAAGUUGCCUAAUGUAGACAUGAAAUCUAAGCUGCUUUUUGUUAUCCGGAUCCAUGGAUCAAAGGAUAUGCAUCCACAAACAAGGAAAAUCCUGAACAAGUUACGACUUGUACAGAUAUUGAAUGGUGUUUUUCUCAAAGCCAAUGAAGCAAAUUUGAGAAUGUUAUUGAGGGUAGAACCAUUCAUUACUUAUGGUUAUCCCAACCUGAAAAGUAUUAAGGAUCUUAUCUACAAAAAAGGCCAUGGAAAAGUAGACAAGGAAAGGGCUCCUCUAACAGACAACAAUGUCAUUGAGCAGGCUCUUGGUCAGUAUGGUAUUCUUUGUAUUGAAGACAUCGUGCAUGAGAUAGCUACAGUUGGAUCACAUUUCAGGGAGGUUACACACUUCUUGUGGCCAUUUAAGCUCAAGUGCCCAGAGAGAGGUCUUCGGACCAACAAAAAGCUAUACAAGCUAGGAGGUGAUACAGGCAAUCGCGAAGAUCAAAUCAAUGUGCUAAUUGAUAAACUGAACUAGGGAUCAGUAGAGGGUGUGGUUGAUAAACUGAUUGCACCAAACCUACAAUAUCGAUAGCUAAAAAUAUUCAGCUCCAUGCGACAUUCUUAUUUCCCGUAUCCUAUUUAAAACAGCUUCCUGUCAAGCUAGAAACUAGUUUUACGUUGGUUAAUUGCUGGCUUCUUGAUUGAUGCAGUAAUUAAACCCUAUUCUAUAGUUCAAAAGAAUUAUUACUCUCGAUGAGAUUGGGAGAUUAAGAGCUGCGUCAUCAAGUGAGGAGAGGGUACCAAAUUGAAGGAUAGAGAAGUUUAGUAAUCUUAACAUCUUGCAAGAAUCUAACAAUAACUUCAAUGAACCUUAUAGAAUCUUAUUGAA